GCGAUACUCAUAGUUGAUGGUAACAUUCGAAGCUGUGGAAGCUUUUACCCCUGUUUUUACCCCGCCGUCAAACCCUCUGUAGCCCCUAUCUCAACAGUGCAGAUAGCGGCAUCCGCUAGGUAGGUGUUAGGCCCAUAGGGACCUGUAUUUAGGUGAGAUCGUUCUUGGACUUUGCAGUAACCACACUCCCUUUCCUAGCAACUAUCAUCAAUUCUACCUCCUAACCUUCCGCAAUAUCACAUUUCAACUAUCCAACCUAGACGAUACAUAAACCAUACGCCAAUCCCAUCACGAACCCAAACUAGAUGCCGCCCAAAACCAUCCUAAUAACAGGCUGCGGCCCUCACGGCAUCGGCUCCGCCCUCGCAACCGAGUUCCACACGCGGGGCCACCGCGUCUUCGCCACAGGGCUCUCGGAGUCCCUCCUCACACCCCUCCAAGCCAUAGGAAUCGAAACACUAACCCUAGACGUGACCUCCGCCUCCUCAAUCUCACGCGCCGCAUCCCACGUCUCCAAACUCACAGAAGGGAAACUGGACAUCCUAAUCAACAACGCCGGCAUAAUCCACAUCCUCCCCUUCGCAGACACCUGCCUCACCGACGCGCACAACCUCUUCGACGUCAACGUCUUCGGCACCAUCGCCGUAACCCACGCCUUCCUGCCCCUCCUCCGCUCCGCCGCACAGACACACGGCGAUGCACUGAUCGCCAAUAUCGUCAGCAUAAACAGCACCCUCCGUCCCCCCUUCUUCAGCCUCUACAACGCCUCCAAAGCCGCCGUCGAAGUCCUCAGCGCAUCGAUCCGCCCUGAGCUCGCCCCCUUCGGGAUCCGUGUCGUGACGGUGAAAACCGGGAGCGUGGAGACGGAUUUAUUCGCGAAUGCACCGGUCGUCAGGCUUCCGCCUGGGAGUUGGUAUGAGGCCGCGAGAGCGUUUAUUGAGGGGAAAGGGAUGCUGGGGUUUGCGCGGAGUGAGAGGGUGGAGGUUUAUGCGAGGGGUGUGGUGGAUGAGUUGGUGCGGCCGAGGGGGAGGAAGGUGCUUUGGAGGGGCGGGUUGACGGGGGUGGCGUGGGUGUUGGGUUGGUUUGGGUGGGAGGGGAUGAUGGUGAGUUUGCGCUUUUCGUGAGAGGGUUUGCGAUGUUGCGCGCGCUACAGAGUACUGGGAUUUUCUUUGCUGACUAAGUGUAGGAUGGCGUUUACAUCCGGGAGAACAAGAUAAAUCUAUGCGCUAAUGUCGGUUCUUGAGACGGAAGGAGGUAGUCUCGGCACUUACUUAACCUCGUGGGGCAUCUGAGCGGCCGGACCUUCGCCGGUGGUUAAGUACCGGCCCUUCUACGGAACAUCGCUGAAUUCUCGGUCGAUUGGAGCUGUGGAUAUGGUACUUGUUUCCUUAGACAUGUAACCUAAAAUACAGUAUCGGUUUUCACAUCUAAAUCGCAUAUUGCAAUAGAGAAGGCAUUAGUGGUUUAGUGGUAAAAUCCAUCGUUGCCAUCGAUGGGCCCCGCGUUCGAUUCGCGGCUAAUGCAUUUAUUUUUC